AAGUAGCAUAAUGUCAAGAUGGGUGAUAGUGAUUGGAGUAGUCACGAUGAGCCUACUGCUUUGCGUGACUGCUUACGGCAAGGCAAAGCAGAGCUAUUAUUAUGGCAAUUACAGAUCGUGCCCUAACGUAGGCGGUUAUCCGUCACAGUGUCGACCACCCAAAGAUUGCGCUGUUUGGUACGAUGUUAUUGUCGCUACACCUGGCGCAGAUUGUAAAUUGACAGACGGAAAUCCUGGAACCUGCUGUCCCGAUCUUCCCUCUAAUGGUAAUGGAGCGCCUAUUCUGAAUGUUCCUAAGCGCGUGAGCGUCCCGUUCAGCAUUAAUACGGAGAAGGUUGAACAAGCCAUAGCGGCGAGUCAGACACUGAGCACAUGUUUAACCAACACGGAAAUUUGCCUGAACGAAAAUAAAAUUACAAUCAGACCGGGAUCUUCUCGUGCCGCACAUGCAUUUUUCUCUCGUACAACACCCGAAUCGAUGGAAAUCAGUCGUGGUGCGUUACGCGCCGAUUUUGCUGCCAAGGAACUCAUUAAAAGUUUUGGUACCAAACUUGAGUCGGACCAAGCAGACAGUGCUGUUUCGCAGAUCAGCCUGCAAGGCACGAACUUGGCCAACACAUGUCCCGUAAGCCCAGUCUGUGAUGAAAGGACUCUCCGCUCACCUUUCCGAAAACUGGACGGUUCGUGUAAUAACGUGAAGAACCCCAUCUGGGGCCAAUCGAAAACUCAGUACCAACGUCUUCUUUCCCCAGAUUACGCUGAAGGUAUUUCUACGCCACGAAAGGCUAAAAACUGGCAACAGGGUCGUGAGCUUCCAAGUCCCCGUUUAGUGUCCAUUUCUGUGGUUCACGAUGAAAACUCUCCCAGCGAUUCUACAGCUUCUUGGGCUAUGCAAAUGGGACAAUUUUUAGACCACGAUCUUGUCUCGACACCAACUAUAAGUGCUACAUGCUGCACUAGUGACGGUAAAGCGAUGAGGCCGGCUGAACUCCACCCUGAAUGCCUGCCCAUUUCGAUUCCAGCUGACGACCCAUUUUUCUCACAGUUCGGUCACACUUGCAUGGAUUUCGUCCGUUCUAGUACAGCACCUAGAUUGGAUUGCAAAUUAGGCCAUCGAGAACAGUUGAACGAUAACACCCAUUUCUUGGAUCUGUCACUUGUGUACGGCUCUGAUGAUAAAACUGCAGGUGAAUUGCGGACCAAAGAAAAAGGAAAACUAAAAAUUAAUUCUCCAAAGAGCAAUCACGAGCCAUCCUUACUACCACCCGGUGAUAGCCCUCUUGGAAGACCGUGUAGUCUAGCCAGACAAGUAUCUGGAACAGAUCCAUCAGAUGAUAUCAAAUGUUUUGCGGCAGGGGAUGGUCGAUCAAGUGUGACACCUAAAAUGGCAGUAUCUCAAACUGUCUUCUUGCGUGAACACAAUCGACUUGCAGCAGAGCUUGCAAGUUUGAAUCCUAAUUGGGAUGAUGAGCGUCUGUAUCAGGAGGCCCGGCGCAUUCUGAUUGCGCAAGCGCAGCACAUCACCUACAACGAGUGGUUGCCUAUCGUUAUUGGUCGUUCUAAAAUGCAACAACUUGGUUUGUUGCCACUACAGCGUGGCUUUAGCAGAGAUUACGAUGGAAAUGUCCUUCCUAGCAUUGUCAAUGAAUUCGUCGGCGCCGCUUUCCGUUUUGGCCAUUCGCUCGUCCAAGGAAAUUACCAUUUGUUUAAUCAGCAGAGAGAAAGGGUGGCAGGAGAAAAAAUUCUACGCCAGCAUUUUUUCAAAACACAAGAGGUCUAUAAGCCCGGUAACGUGGAUAAAUUCCUGAUUUCUUUGGCUACUGUACCUAUUCAAAAUAUGGACAAUUCAUUCACCAAAGAGCUGACAAAUCACUUGUUCGAAGAUCAUCCUGCCCAACGUUUUGGUUUGGAUUUGGUAUCACUCAAUAUUCAACGUGGACGUGAUCACGGUCUACGAGGUUACAAUUCUUACCGGGAAUUGUGCGGACUUAAACGAGCCAAUAAUUUCGACGAUCUUUGUGAUACGAUUCCCAACGUAAUUGUCAAACGUCUUCAAACUUUGUACGAUUCGGUGGAUGAUAUUGACCUAUUCAUCGGUGGAGUCUCAGAGCGAGCAGCCGAAGGGGCAUUGGUAGGUCCAACGUUCCAAUGCAUCGUAGCCGAUCAGUUUUUAAAACUGAAACGAGGCGAUCGCUACUUUUAUGAUCUUGGAGGACAGGCCGGCUCGUUCACUCAAGAACAACUGGAUGAAAUCCGAAAAACCAGCUUGGCACGAAUCGCUUGCGGCAAUAGCCAAGUUCAGAAAUUCCAGCCUCUACUUUUCAGAACCGUAUCAGCCGCGAAUCCAAUCGUUGAUUGCAAAUCUUCCACUAUCCCAAGCAUGAGUCUUCUCCCAUGGAAGGAGAGAGGGUACGGCGGCGGUGGGUACUCUGGUUAGUGCUAUGGCUAAAUAUGGCAAAGGACAUACAAUUACAAUCAAGUAUAAUCUAACCGAGUGAAUGUAAUGCUACGAACCAAUUUGCGAAAGCAGGAGAAUGUCUCGGAUUUAUCAAUCCAUUGAAGUAUGUAUGUCCCCAUGAAAAACCCUGGAAUUUCACUGACCUGAAAUGAAAAAUUUAUAAAACAUUAAUACAA